GCGCUUCCGGCGACGGUGACGUCAGCACAGCGACGCGCAUCUCUGACGUCAGCAUGGCGCCGCUGGUGGUGGCCUGCGACUGGAUCUCGAUCGUGGGGUCGCUGGUGCUGAAGCUGCCGCAGAUCGCGGCCACGCUGCGCUCCGGCUCGGCUCGCGGCCUCAGCCUUCAAAGCCUGCUGCUCGAGCUAACCGGCUUCACCAUCAACUUCUGCUACAACGCCGCGCAUGGCUACCCGCUGUUGAGCUACUUCGAGUACGCGCUGCUGAUCCCGCAGGAUGUGCUGCUGGUGCUGCUGACGCUGCGGCUCAGCGGACAGCUGACGGCCGGCUGGGUGGCGACGCUGGCGCUGGCCACGGGCGACGUCACCAUGCUGACCUGCUUCUGCGUCAACCUGGCACUCAACGUCCUGGUGGUGCUGGCUGUGGUCCGGUUCAGAGACGGACCGCCCGAAGAGGCCGCGCGGAAGAAGGCCAAAUGA